CUCUAGCCAUUUUGGCUCAAGAAGCAGAGAGCACGUUGAGCUUGGCCGAGAUCCUUGUAGCAGGCAUGGCGCUGGCCAGCGGCAGCGGCGCCUUCCUCUCCACCCUGACGCUCGGAGUCGCCGCAGUGCUGUCAGCAGCGGACCAGGUGCGGAGCGAGCCUGCUGGAGGCGCGGCGCUGCGCCGCUACACGUUCGACUGGCGCGGCUCCGGCGAGCCCCUGCGCACCGUGCGCCAGAUCUUCGACGAGGGACCAGACGCGAGCCAGCCGACGCCGCGGCUGGCGGCCAGGGGCCGCCCGGAGGACACCAGGCGUGCCAGGCGGACCGGCGGCGAGAGCAGCGCCUCGCUCCUGGAGUCGCUGUGGGACCGGCCGAGCUACCGCAGCAGGCGCUUCGGCCUCAACGCCACCGCCGGCGAGCACCCCUGCUUCGCAGGCUUCCGCUCGAUGGUCGAGGGCACGGACAGGUGCAACGGCUGGACCAGGUCGUACCCGCCUGUGGGCAGCGUCGUGGCGUUCAGGAACACCGCCGUCUGGACGGAAUCCAACUUCACUCUGAGAGCCGUGGUGGCCAACCACAUCAACGUAUGGCUGGAGGACAACAGCACCGAGGUGCACGCAGACCUCGCUACCAAGGCGGCCAACAUAUACGCGAAUGUGUAUGACAUUCCCGAGCUCCGUCCAUCUCCUGAUUCGAAUAGUUGGAUGGAACAUGAGUGCAAGGUAAUGGGCACGAUGCCGUUCAUGUACACGUGCUCGGACCGCGUCCAAAUUCUUGUUCAGGGUUGCAAUGGGAUCGAGAACGCGUGGGUCAUGUCCAGCGACUUCCUUCAGAACUUCCCCGACCCAGCCAACAACGCGUCGGGCUCAAACUUCGACAUCGUCUUCUACAUGUGCAAGGAGCUCUUGGACAGCAACCCGAAUCCCUACAACGUCGCGAACACGUUCGCGCACGAGCUCGCGCAUGUGAUCCAGGGCGGCUUCGGCCGUUCCUCUAUGCCGAUGACCGAGGGAGGGGCCACGUGGCUCGAAGGCCCGCUGCUCCACCUGGCGCCGCGCCCGAUGGUGUUCGCAUGGGGGUUCCGAGACUGGAAUCGCGUCCUUGCUGCCCACAUCUACGCCACGACAAAGGACGCUAACGCGCGCAAGUUUUACCAGAUCCACGCCAUGUUCUUGACAUACUUGUCUCAGGAUGAGCUCCUGGGAGCCGGGCUGACGAGCGCACUGCAGAACUACCAGUUCUUCGAGGCCAGUAUGAUUCCUUGGGGGAGGAUGGCGUACGAUUAUUUCCUCCGCCGCAUCGGGCUUGGGCGUCCCACAGGGUUCUCUCCCAUACUUUUGAACACGACCAGCGAGCAUAAUGCCUUCGCUGACGCGCUUCUCAAUUACAGAGUUGCCAUCGUGGCGCAAUGCAUUUCGGACAGCAGCUUGAGGCCCCGCGACACCUGGUACCGGUUGCCCGCCCACUUGCAGGAGCGGCCGUAUUGGGAUUGUUCGUCGUUCCCCGCGUUCUGGUCUGCAGACGGAACAUCUGUAGAUCAGUUUGGAGCAGACCUCCACUACGGGGGAGCUGCUUUCUUCCGCCUGGCAGCGCCGGUGAAUGCGACGAUUGCCAUUGAUGCGAGUGCUGACCGGUUUGUCCGCACAAAAGUGGUUGCUGCUGGCAAUGCUGCAGUCGACCCAGAAGUCGUGGAGCUGAUGCCCGGUGAGCAUGCCACGUUCGGCGGCGGGGCGCGCGAGAUCUUUGUUGUCCAGGUCAACGUAGAUCCCUCUGGCGAGACGUUGCAGCCCGAAGACCACCACAUCUGGAGGCAGUCCCCGUGCCAGUGCACUUGUCAGUGCCCCUCUGGGCUUGCGUGGACGACGGCAGUCACCAGCCCUGCCGGCCUGCAGUACCCCAACGACGUGGUGUCGGGCCUCCAGACCCCUGUCCUGGAUCUCCCUCCUGGUGACGCCGCCACGCUGAGCUUUUUCGCCAGGUGGGCGCUGGAAGCAGAGGCUGCUCACGCUGGUUCUGGCGACGGCUGCCGCGCCAAGGGCUACGACGGAGUCCAGGUGCGUGUGCACGUCGAGGAGACCGGGGAGAUCGCCGUGCUCUUCCCCUCGAACGCGUCGGACGGGUAUGGUACCGGGCCAGGCGGGGAGCGAGCGGUGAGCGCGCUCGCGCAGCUCUACGGUAGCGGGGCCCCGUGCGCAAGCCUGGUGGGUUGGGUGGGCAGCAGCGGGGACGACUUCGUUGAGCAGGUCUUCUCGCUGGAGCCGUUCGCUGGCCGAGCCGUCCGCAUCGAGGUCAUCUUCGCCAGCGACGAGCACUUGGGCGGCGAGGGCUUUUGGCUGAGCAACGUCAGCGUCCGCGCCGCUUCAGAGGUGGUCUUUGCUGGCCAGGACGAGCUCCUCGUUGGCCACGCGUACGUCCAAGAGAUCGCCGCCGGUGCCCGCGGUCCGGCUGGCGUGCCCGUCGUCGCCCAGCUGCCGGCCGACACCGGGCCCGACCGCGCCCUGCAGAAGGCGGCACAGGUUCGCUCUGCGGCGUGGCGGGCGCGAUGGGCGGCCCCCGCUGAGGGGAGCGAGUCAGCGCUGCGGAGGGCCUACCUGGGCUGGUCCUACUCGGCGCCCACGGAGGAGACCCAGACGGCCAUGCUGCACGCCUGGCAGGAGGCCUGCACGCUGCUCGCCGCCCCCUUCGACGGGGCGCUGAGGGAGGCCACGCUGUUCACGCUGGUCGACAAGAUCGGGGUCGGCGGGGUGACGCUGCGAACGCGCGCGGCGCAGCCGCCGCACCCGGUGAUCGACAGCUGCGCGUCGGAGUCCCCGGGCGUGACGGAUCCCGGAGUCCACCGCUUCCGUAUCGCGUCGGCGUUCAACGAGUCCGAGCAGUUUCUGCUGUGCGUGGGCGCCGCGGCGCGCGCGCCGCUGCCAGCGGACGACCCGAGCAUGGACCCCUUCCUGCACCUGCCGCUGACGAACGUCACCUCCGCUGGCGCUCCAGGCGUGCCCGGCGCCACCCUCCUGCUCGGGUGGGGCGGGCCCAGCCUGGGGACUGCUGGCGCUGGCCCGCCGAGCACCGCCCGCCUGGACCCCUGGCAGGGCCACGCCCCCGCGCUGCGCGCCGAGUUCGUGCAGUCACUCUCCGCCACGGCUGGGCAGCCAAGGCGAGCUGCUGGCCUGCGGGCGACAAGCGACGCCGCUCCCCGCGCCCUCCGGCGGUGAGGCCGCGGCGGUGCGCGAACGCUGGCCUUGGCAGGCGCAGCGAGGGGCCCUUACUACCUCGCUCUCCCUCCCCUCCUCGCCCCCCCCCUGUGGUCAUGCUAUGCGCGCCCACCGGCGCACAUGCCGCCCGGUGCGCGUGCUCUUAGCGGCACAACGACAGGCAUUAGUGUGACAUCUGCAGCACCUGAGGGCAUCACCCCAACGGAGCUGGUGCUGCUACAGUCGAGUCUCUGCGUUUCAUUUCUGCCCCCUGGCUUCCGCGAGAUAAGCAGGCAUGCUUCGCUUCGUAUCUUACAGUGCCACAGUGGUUGAUUUACAUCCGGCUGUUCGGGAGCGACGGUGCACUUUUCCUGCUGCAGCAGACAAGCCAUCAUUCGCAAUAGAAUUCGCGCGCACGGCAGGGAGCCUAUCUCCAUGGCCGUGCUUCGCGGGGCCAUCAGAGCCCCUCGGCAAUCUUAGCCCAUCUCGAACAUACAAGUGGUUGGCAGCUCAGAGAAGAGAACAACAA